AUGGAAGGGUUUAACAAUCGCCCCCAAAACAACACUGCACUUUCGAUGGUCGCUCUUGACGUGAAAGAUACCGACAGAACUCUUGCGCCGCAGACAAUCCAGAGCUCUUUCCAGCCGUUUUCGAGCUCGUUUUUUCAGUAUGACGAUCCAGAGCUUGAAUUUGAUCAACUGUUUCCUCCAAACGCCGACUUGGACUAUUACCUUCUGCCACCUUUAUCGGAAGGGGUGUCGGAGCUUGUUCCAUCAGCUGCUUUAGGUCCAUCAAGUCAAGGAGGCAGCAUUGAUAUAACAGGAGGCCUUCAAAAUAACGUAUCUUUGCCCGACACCGAUGGAACGUCUAUCACAGAAUCGAUGCUAAGUGGUUUAAAUCGACCUAAUGACCUAGCCAAGAGUAGGAUGAACCCUUUCAAGGAGCUGGUAUAUACCAUGCCGUCACUCUUCCAGACUACUGAGCUCCGUCAAACACAUUUAAGAGAGUACCAUUUCUCAGAUAUCGGCAAACUUCUCUUACAAGAACGAUACGAUUCCGAGUACGAGCGUACCUUUGGAUGUUUCAUGCAAGCACCUAAUUGGGCUUCCGAACCUUCUGGUAGUAUACUCCGCUCUUGGUCCUCAGCCAAGUAUCAAUCCUCCAGCAUAAUCGCCAGCCUUCCUAAGUCCAGGGAACCGUUUGACACCAGCACCAUCGAGUUAUCUCGAGUGAACGCGUUGGGUUGGCUUAAUACCCUGAAAACAUAUUAUACGUCCAACUUGCUCAAGGGAUAUCGUCUGAAGCGAUACUAUCGGAAGAACGAUGGGAGAGAGUCAUUCAGAUCCGAUCGUGCUUCUCGUGUGAGCGCAGUCAUCUCAACAGCACUCACAUGGGCUUUCACAAGAUUCCUCCAAAUUCACACUGGUGGAGAAGAAGGAGAUCAUUGGACCGGAGAUAAAUUGAAUGAUCAACUGGAUAGGGUCAGAGAAACAUUGUAUAUCGGUAGUGAGAUGAUACUUCAUCAAUGGGACGGACAAAGAUUUGGAGACGACGAGUUAGAGAGACUCGGUAAAGAUGAAAAUCACUCUCAGGCUAUGAAGGAUGCUAAUGCUGCUAAAGCCUCUGGGGACUGGGACCAAUGGGUCCCACCGAGCAAGAGGAGAAAGGGUAAAUGA